AUGUUAUAUGCUAAAAUUCAAGAUUCACAAUUAAUUUUACUUGAUCAAGCUCAAUUAACAGAAGAAAUGAUGACACUUAAUGAUAGUAGUAAUAGUUUAUAUAUUGAAGAAAUAAAAAAACGAAGAUAUACAAAAGAAUUUCAUUUAUUUAUUAAAUCAUGUGUAUCUACACGUUUUGAAUUAAGAUUAAAUCAUAAUCAAUAUUUACUUUAUAAUAAUAUGAUUAAAUUACUUGAAAUUUGUUAG